AUGUCUAAAAUAUCGAAGGAUUUGGGGGCCCCCCUGGAAGCUGGCAUUCAGAACCACGUCAGUGAUGACCGCGUCCGCGCGUACGAUAAGUACCUCCGCGGGGCCCGCGUCGCGCGCGGCGCCCUCGCUCGCUCUCGCUGCCGCUGGCGGAGCGGCCGGCUCGGCCCGCCCGGCGGCGGUGACGUCAUCACGCCAUGCGAUGAACAAAAUAAACUUUGUACCAAUUGUUUAUUUUCUGGCCACGAGCCUAAUGACUGCAAGUCGCGCCAUGCUUGCCGCGUUUGCGCUCAAAAGCACCACUCUUCAUUACAUGAAGACGUGCCUACUCCAAACGUCUUACUGACUACGGAGUCACCUUCUUCCCCUGAGUUACGCUCAGUAGCGGAAACCUCCACGCCCACUCCAUCACAUGGAGCUACGGGGCAACCUUCUGGUAAGAACUGUACAGUCUUACUCACGACUGCGCUUGUAAAUUUACGACCCCUGAACCAGGGGCCUUACACGCCGCGGUCCGUUCGUGCCCUUGUGGAUCAAGGAGCGCAGACCACGCUCAUUUCUGAGUCGUGCGUACAGCGUCUUGGCCUGCCACGGUACUCUGUGACUGGCACUACGCUCACCAGCAUUGCUGGCGAUGUUCAUCCUCGUGGUUACGUGUUGUGCGAGGUUACGCCCCACAACAAACCCGAACCUAAACUUCAAAUCGAAGCUUUUAUUCUACCGAGCCUUACACGCUACACGGCUAAUAUUCCUCAAUCAAUUGGGAAUAUACAGAGGUUCGAACACCUACAAAAUCUUAAUUUAGCGGACCCAGAGCUGCGCUCAACGCGACCUGUUGAACUGAUACUGGGGAAUGAUCAUCUGGAUAGCAUACUGCUACGAGAUAAUAUUAUAGGUCCUCCGGGCACACCCGUAGCCAUCAACACUGUUUUUGGUUAUGUGAUAGGUGGUAGAAUUUCAUAUGACAGUAUGAAAUGCCUUAGUGUCAAUUUGAGCACUUGUCAACUUGACACGAAACUGCAACGAUUCUGGGAAUUGGAAUCCAUACCAGAUUACCCACAUCUUACGAAAGAUGAGUUGCGCUGUGAGUCGAUUUUCGUCGAAACUCACACACGAGAUGAAAAUGGGAAAUAUACAGUUUCCCUACCUUUCAAGGAAAACGCUCCGCCUUUGGGCGAUUCUCGUGCUAUAGCUCUCUCACGUUUAACUAAACUAGAGGCACGCCUGUCUCGCGACCCUGCCUUACGUGAGAACUAUAAUAAAUGUAUCCAAGAAUAUUUAGACGCGCCUUUUCUGGCCUUACGCACACUUCGUCAAUUAGCAAUUGAUGAAGCUGCUAACUUUCCACUUGCCUCGCAAGUACUUCUCAACGAAGUAUUCGUUGAUGACGUCGUUACUGGAGCUGAUACGGUUGAAGAUGCUCUCACUCUUCAGCAUCAGCUGACCUCCAUUUGUAAAGCAGGGACGUUCGAACUCCGCAAAUGGACCAGUAAUAGUUCCGAGUUUCUGUCGCAUCUAAACGAUGAUGCUUCCAAUCAUGAUGAUGCUCUUAUUUUGUCAGCACUUGACACUGACACUUCGGUCAAGGUCUUAGGGCUUAAAUGGAACCCUAAAUCUGAUACUUUUACCUACCAAACGGAUAAAGUAGCUAACGGCUCAUGCAAAUGUACGAAACGUAUAAUGUUAGCGGAAAUCGCUAAGAUUUACGAUCCUCUCGGGUUUCUCAGUCCAGUGACUGUUUUCGUAAAGCAUUUAAUCCAACUUCUAUGGGCAUCAGGCUCUGGAUGGGAUGCUGUUCCUCCACAGAAUAUCAGCGACUUGUGGUUUCGGUUCAUCGACGAACUGCCGUUAUUACAAGACAUCGCGUUACCUCGUCAUGUGCUUCCCAGCACACAUCAAGUGUCACUUCAUGGCUUUUCAGACGCAUCUGAAAAGGCAUAUGCUGCCUGCGUCUACAUUCGUGUUGUCGAUCCAAACGGUGCUAUUAGCACACACCUACUCAUAGGUAAAACUAAAGUUGCGCCUCUGAAACGCCUAACAAUACCUCGAUUAGAGCUAUGCGGAGCUCAUCUCUUAUCAAAAUUGAUAAAAAAGGUCCUCACUGCUUACAGCAGUAGAAUAUCGUUCGACCAAGUCUACGCUUGGUCCGAUUCCACUAUAACUCUUGCCUGGCUGCGUUCGUCUCCAGACAAAUGGCGGACAUACGUGUCUAACCGCAUAGCGGAGACAACAAGCAACGUGCCUGCCUCACAAUGGCACCACGUUCAGUCCGCAGAUAACCCCGCAGACCCCGCGUCUCGUGGUGUUCUCCCAUCUCAGUUGAACCAUCAAUUAUGGUUUACGGGACCUGCUUGGCUCAGCAAAGAUGAGUCUGAGUGGCCUAAGACUAACGUCAUAUGCCACACCGACGAAGAACGUCGCAAGCAUGUUCUUCUCACUCAAAUCAAUGAACCUAAUAGCUUAGAGUUCAUUGAGCGAUUCUCAUCGCUUCCAAGGUUACUACGCGUCACUGCUUAUGUAUUACGAUUCAUAAACAAAUGUCGUAAAAAUGAGAAUCCUACGACUAAAAAUGUAACUGUUCCUGAGACGAAACAAGCUCUCAGUCGAAUAAUAUCACUUGUCCAAAGGGAUUCCUUUCCUGAAGACAUCUCUCGUCUCAAAGACGACGACCGAUGUACCAAACGUCUUCAAAAACUGAAGCCUUUCUUGGACGAUGCCGGACUCCUCAGGGUCGGCGCCGUCUUGAACUCAAGACCCCUGUGUCAACUUAGUAAUGAUCCCACUGAUCCAUUACCCCUUACUCCUGGACAUUUCCUCAUCGGGGAACCAUUAACGUCGUUACCUGAAUUUGACUUGUCUAACGACAAUCCAAACCGCCUCGCGAGAUGGCAGGUUAUUCAACAAGCCGUUCAACAUUUCUGGAAACGCUGGAGCGUAGAAUAUUUACACCAGCUACAACCAAGAGGUAAAUGGUUCCACGACAAUACUAACACAUCCUCCGAGAGGGUUCUGUAG